AUGGCAGCUGUUGAUGUUGAAUCGCGCGUGGCAUACCAGCUGAGUCUUCCUUCGCGAGAGCGAGUGGAACCGGGCUCCUGCAAUAUCCCACUCGGCAACUUCCCCGCAACAAACACAGCCGCCCCGAAAAAUCCUGACCAGAUUGCAACCGCAGUUGUUGAGCAAUUAAACAAGGCACUUGAGAAGGAAGAUACCGCCACCGUCGCUCAGCUAUUUCUGGAGAACAGCUACUGGCGCGACCACCUCUGCCUGUCAUGGGACUUCCGAACCAUCAAGGGACGCGAAGCAGUCUCGAGAUUUGUCACCGGAAGCUCGUCAUCUAUUAGAAUUGAGCUUGACCAUUCAUCUGCCUUCAGAUCACCGCACAAUGGUCCCAUUGAUGGCUUUGGUGAAGUCCAUGGUGUUGAGUUCUUUAUCAAGGUCACCACCAACUUUGGAAUCGGACAAGGUGUCGUGCGACUAGCACAGGAAGGGAACGAGUGGAGGAUUUUCACUAUUUCUACUACUCUGCUUGAGCUCACGGGUCAUGAAGAGGCGAUUAAUUUCCGCAGACCCGUUGGUGUGAAGCAUGGAGAGCAGCAAGGACGUCAGAACUGGCAGGAUAGACGCACUGCCGAUAGCAAUUAUAUCAACAAAGAUCCCACUGUACUCAUCGUUGGUGCCGGCCAAGGGGGUCUUACUGCCGCGGCUCGACUGAAAAUGCUCAAUGUCGACACCUUGGUCAUCGACCGAGAAGACCGAAUCGGAGACAGUUGGCGACGGCGGUACCACCAACUCGUUCUCCAUGAUCCGGUAUGGUACGACCACCUGCCUUACCUGAACUUCCCAUCCAACUGGCCAAUCUUUACACCCAAGGACAAGCUGGCCGAGUUCUUCGAGUCCUACGUCAAGCUUCUAGAGUUGAAUGUCUGGACUCAGACCGAACUGAAGUCUGCAUCCUAUGACGAGGGCAAGAGGCAGUGGACUGUCAUCCUCGAGCGCAAAUCCGAAGAUGGCACCACUGAAACCCGCACUCUGCAUCCGCACCACGUUAUUCAAGCAACAGGACACUCAGGGAAAAAGAACAUGCCCACCUUCAAGGGCGCGGAAAAUUUCAAGGGCGAUCUGAUCUGUCACAGCUCCGAGUUCAGGGGCGCGAAACCCGACUCCCAUGGCAAGAAGGCGAUUGUCAUCGGCUCCUGUAACUCCGGCCACGAUAUUGCCCAGGACUAUGUGGAGAAAGGUUACGAAGUAACGAUGGUCCAGCGAAGCUCAACCCUCAUUGUGACUUCGGAUUCCAUUGUGAAUAUCGGACUGAAAGGCCUGUACGAGGAAGCUGGUCCCCCAACCGAGGACUCGGACGCGUACCUGUGGAGCAUCCCUCCAGAGCUGUUCAAAGCUCAGCAGGUCAAAGUCUUCGAGGUGAUCGCCAAGAACGAUGCAAAGACCCUCGAUGGACUGGAGAAGGUUGGCUUCAAGGUCGACCGUGGCCCCAUGGAUGCAGGUCUUUUAGUCAAGUACUUCCAGCGUGGUGGUGGGUACUAUAUCGACGUGGGUGGUAGCCAGUUGGUCGCCGAGGGGAAGAUCAAGAUCAAGCAGGGACAGGAGAUCAGCGAAGUGCUUCCCAACGGACUUCAAUUUGCUGACGGCUCUGAGUUGGAAGCGGAUGAAAUUGUCUUUGCGACGGGAUACCAGAACAUGCGCACUCAGGCGCGCACCAUCUUUGGUGACGAGAUUGCCGAUCGAGUCGGCGAUGUAUGGGGCCUUGAUUCGGAAGGUGAAUUUCGAACUAUGUGGCGGCGAAGUGGCUACCCAGGUUUCUGGUUCAUGGGCGGUAAUCUUGCUCUGUGCAGAUACUAUUCUCGUCUGCUGGCACUGCAGAUCAAGGCGCUGGAGGAGGGCAUUGCUUCGUACUAG